AUGUCAGCCACGUUCAACUUAAGCUUCUCGUCAGCAACACUAAAAAGACUGGGGCCAACAAAAGUAGAAGUGCCCUCUCCAGAGAAAUAUCUGCUCGAGCACUCCAAGGAACCCAAACUUACUGAAACGGCCAAAGCAGACAAUCGAAUUAUGGGUAUUCACUCCAAAAAGGACUUUGCCAAUCACGGCAGGAUCGAACCAGGGUCUGUAGGGAUGCCUCUAACAUGGAGAUGCAGUGCCUUAGACCGCUGCGCAACUCGGGAGCUCUUUGAGAACAUCAUGGCAGUGCUAAGGAAGCCACAGCCUAUCUACGCCGACACUAAAACUGGAGACAAACAGCUCCUGGAAAAUUCAGGACUGGUCCCAAAGUACAUCAAGAAAAACGACUUUGGAAAGAACCCUGAGUACCUGCAGCAGCAUGCUGAUGAGGUGAGGAGGGUUCAGGACAAGUAUGAGAGCUAUGUCAAUGAGCGCAUGUAUCAGGAAUCAAGAAGAACUGGGGUCAUGGACACCACCCCCAAGAAGUACUGCAAGGAGCGUCUGGAGCUGGAGAUGAAGCAGCUGGAGAGGGACAUUGACCUCAUCAAGCGAUACAAGACCAUCUACAUCGUCAACAACAACUAA